AUGCCUUUACCUCAGCCUUUAAAAACAUUGCGAAUGAAUAAUGGACUUCAUAUUCCCACUAUUGGUUUAGGGACUUAUACAAGUCGGUGUCAAAUGAAGUUAAAGAAGCAGUAAUGUACGCAAUAGAUGUCGGAUACCGUCAUAUCGACACUGCUUGGUUUUACAAAAACGAGGAAGAGAUAGGAGAUGCCUUGAAGGAUACAUUUUCAAAAGGCAAAAUUAAAAGGGAAGAUCUUUUCAUUGUUACUAAGCUGUGGAAUAAUUUCCAUGAGAGAAAAAGUGUGGUACCAAAAUUGAAAGAAUCUCUGAAAUUCCUGAGGCUUGAUUAUGUUGACCUAUUUCUCAUUCAUUGGCCAUUUGGAUUCAAGGAAAAUAGUGGUGAUCUUCCACAAGAUGAGUCUUCAUUUAGUGAAGUAGACUACCUUGAAACAUGGAAAGGGAUGGAAGAAUGUGUUGACCUAGGAUUGGCUAGAAGUAUUGGUUUGUCAAAUUUCAAUGAAGAACAGACAGAACGGGUCCUGCAGAACUGCAGGAUCAGGCCUGUUGUGAACCAAGUGGAAGUCAAUCCAAACAUCAACCAAAAAAAACUGAUACAGUUCUGUAAGGAGAGAGAUAUCAUAGUGACAGGGUUUUGUCCCUUAGGGCGUCUUGGAACUGUAAAUUCAGCAUAUCCACAAUCCACUGUUUUGGACCCAAAAGUAGUUGAAAUGGCCUCAAAAUAUAACAAAUCACCUGCUCAAAUAAUCUUAAGAUAUCUGAUCUCAUUGGGAAUAAGUGUUAUUCCUAAAUCUGUAACAAAAUCCAGGAUCUUGGAGAAUUUUCAAAUAUUUGAUUUUGCAUUGGAUGCAGAAGAUACUGCAUAUUUGGAUACAUGCAAUAAAAACCAAAGGGUAUCACCAAUGGCUACCUACAAAGAUCACAAGUAUUAUCCUUUUUGA